AUGACGAGCCCGCGCUGUUCCCGUUCCACAUCGACGGUACUCGCCGUCGCGCUCGUCACGAUACUCGCCUUGGCGUGCGCGCCCGCGACCGACGCCGCGGAGCAAUGCUUUUGCCCUUGUGCGUGCGAGACGCAGGGCGCGAAAACAACGACUGAAGUUACCCGGACCACGACGACGACCACGCGAACGACCGAGCGCCAAACGAAGGUUGUCCGCAGCCCGUUGACCAUCAAGAUGAAAGGCAUCUCCAAAAAGCAGAUGGAUACGCCGUGGUACCGUCGGGACGUGUGCAAGGGGUACACGUCGCUGCUGGGUAUCGACCUCAAGUUCUGUGCCGUCGAGAAAGUGACGCGACCGUGCGAGUUUUGCUUCAACGAAUGCGUCGUCGUCAUCGUGAUCAACGUCCCCGAGUACGUCAGCGGCGGCGUGAGAACCGCGACGCGGAAGCUCUGGCAAGACCCGCGUCAGGUGCUCGUGUCGCAGAGCAACUACUUCAACAGCGUCGUCAACGUGAACGUCAACGUGGACAUCGACGUGAACAACCCGCCGCCGCCGGUGGUGAUCGAAACGCCUCAAGCUCCUCCACAACUUCCGCCCGACCCUCCUCCUCUCCCCCCGGCUCCGGUCGACCCGGGCACUUCCGACGCCCCGGGAGCGCCCCCCCCUGGGGUCGCGCCGCCGCCGACGGAAGCGCCGCCUCCUGGGGUCGCGCCGCCGCCGACGGAAGCGCCGCCUCCUGGGGUCGCGCCGCCGCCGACGGAAGGGCCGCCUCCUGGGGUCGCGCCGCCGCCGACGGAAGCAGCAGCCCCGCCGCCAACGAGCGAGGAAACCGCCGCCCCGCCGCCUGAACAAGAGGCAGCGGCAGCGGCGCCGCCAGCGAGCGAGGAAAAAUCUGCCCCGCCGCCAACGAGCGAGGAAACCGCCGCCCCGCCGCCGACGGAAGCGGCGGCGGCAACGGCGGCGGCAUCGCAAGAAGAAGACCAGUACACGGAUGAGUACUCUGGUGACAGUGGCCAAGAACAACCUACCGACUACAGCGACGACUCCGGCGGCGGUGAAGAAGAAGAACCUGCAGGUACCGACUACGGCGACGACUCUGGCAGUGAAGAACAAUCUACCGACUACAGCGACGACUCCGGCGGCGGUGAAGAAGAAGAACCUGCAGGUACCGACUACGGCGACGACUCUGGCAAUGAAGAACAAUCUACCGACUACGGCGACGACUCCGGCGGCGAAGAACAGCAACCUACCGACUACGGCGACGACUCCGGCGGCGACCAAUCGUACGAAGGCGAAGAACAAGGUACUACCGACGAAGGCGGUGAGCAAGGCGCCGACUAUGGCUACGAAGGCGGGCGGCGAAAGCUCAGCUGGUUCCGCGGUUUCGUGUACUGA